AUGAAUAAUUCUGCAUUCCGAACCCUUGUCGAUUGGAAGGAGUUCAUACUUCGGCAGAGGGGCCUCCAAGUUAAAAGCUGGGCAGGUGACGCGAAAUGCAGAUCGGACCGACGGAAACAAGACAUUUCGCCAAGUACAGAUGGAUCUCCAAGUCCUCUCGAAGAGGCAAUCGAGGUGCUGGUCGAAAAGCCUUUGCCAACGCCUGUUCGUCCAAUGCGGUUAGGUCAGUUUGCGCCUGAAACACUGCCAGCCGGUGGCCUUGUAGUCCCUAGGCCGGCAGUGUUUUCGCCAUCGCUGAAAAGCUUGCCCGAAGAAAGCGGUUCAUGGUCGGAUGUGCGUUCAGAGGAAAGCGAAGUCAUGAGUAGGAAAUUUUCGCGAGGAGAGAUGUCGAAGUCGGACUCGCAUUUGAAGUGCGGAAAGCUGCUGACGCUGUACGAACAAGAACACUUGGGCUUAAUUCCGUCAGGUGUUCAAGAAAAAGAGGAACAGAAGGUGCCGAAAAAAACAAAAUUUUUCGGUUUACGGAAUAUGGGAGUCAGCGUACCGUCGAAGCUCAGCAGCGCAACAGUAGACUCGAACGACCUCGCUGUCGGUCAGAAGUCUCUGCCAGACGUCGGCGCCAAGUCAAGAGCUCGGAAAGAGUUUCCGGUGCGGUUCGCGUUGCCGUUGGAAACAUCGGCCGAAUACCGCAGCGAAGCCGGUCUCGCCCGGUACGCGCACGGGGACAAGAGAACUAAGUUCAGUGCGUCGAACAAUGUUAGGAAAUUGAGGACGUCUUCCAGCGAGUCGUUCGAAGACACCGAGGAAACCGAAGAGGAAACGGAGGCUAGUUCUUUGUCGCCGAGUACCUCGCGGUCGCAGUCGAUGGAGGUGUUGCCGGCAUUCGCGGAAGCAGGUCGCCCGGAAGGGUCGGCGGAAACCGAGCCUGCCGAAAGGGGCGUCAAACUUAAGCCGAUCAUUAAGCAUCCACGAUCAACACAACGUGGAAAAAGACAUGUGCCGUUCAAGCCACGGUUCAUCCUGUCGGUUUCUCAGUCGUGCUCUAACGGUGACGCCGACGAUGAGGGCACUCACAAACGCUACAUCAUUCGACAGGUGCCGUUGUCUCCGAUCGUUGAACGCGUGUCCACCGCCGUGUCGUCCGACGAGGUGAUGACUGCCGAAUCAGGCGGUGGAACCGAGCCGUCGGUCGCACAAGAUGCUGGCGCCUUCGUUGCACUCGAUCGACGGUCGGAAUCGAUCGUAGAGAUCCCCGACCUUCCAGGAUCACCCGGAACCCGCCGCAGGGCUCAGUUGUUCAGCGAGGCGCGCGAGGAGUCGAAAAACGAGUUGGCCGCCGGCGAAAGCGCUGCACUACUUCCGCCUCAAACACCGUAUGGCAUGUUGACUGUUGUGACGUGCCUGUCCGCUGUCGCAAUUUCCACGUCACGAUGCGGACCGGACUUGGUCGCCUACCACGACGGUAGGAAGGUAGUACCUGAAGCCGCGAACAUCGCGCUGGAGGGAGAAGAGAAGAUUCGAAUCGACGAGGAAUGGCGGGCAUGCUGCUGCCGGAGCGAUUCGUCGCCGGCAACCGUCCAGUUCAACCAGACUAUAAAAAAAAACGAUGACCAUCGUGUGCUUGUAGCGGCUUGGUGGCAGGCGAUCGUCGUGGUUCAAGAUUAUUCGAGCACUGGCCUUGUUUCGAAGCAGUGUGAAGCCGCCGACCGUUCGUCAGUCGUUCCUCAUUUACCCUCGAUGCCGCUGUUGGUCGCCAUAUGCCUUUGCUUAUCACUUAUGCCGUUAGUCGAUGGCUUCAAUGUGCUACAGAUUGGCAUCGGCCUGAGCAACAGUCACAUCAUGUUCAACUACCGUAUGGCAGAGACGUUGGCCGACCGCGGCCAUAACGUCACGUUGUUGAUGCUGAGCAAGAUCCAGACGAAGCUCAAGCAGUGCCCGAACGUUCAUCACGUAGAGCAGCCAUUGACGGGCAAUAUCACAGAGCAGUUCGACGUGUUUCGGAACACAUUUUUCGAGAAA